CUGCUCAGAGGCUGGAAUGGUGUCCUCUAGUGGAAGAAAGCAUAAUCUACACUUCCCAAAGCCUAGUAUAAUGAAUGGACAUAUAUGCUUUCAUUGUGGGCAGUACUUCAGAUAUAGAUCACAUCUAAUUGUGCACCAAAAGGACCACAGAGGGGAGAAGCACAUUGAAUGCUCAGAGUGUGGGAAGAGAUUCAGUUCCAAUGGCCAUCUUAAAGAGCAUAAACGAACCCACACAGGGGAGAGACCUUUUGAAUGCUCAGAGUGUGGGAAGAGAUUCCGUCGGAGUGACGUUCUUCAAGACCAUCAGCGAACCCACACAGGGGAGAAGCCCUUUGAAUGCUCAGAGUGUGGGAAGAGAUUCAGACACAGUAGCACUCUGCAACGUCAUCAACUAACCCACUCAGGAGAGAAGCCCUUUGAAUGCUCAGAGUGUGGGAAGAGAUUCCGUUCCAGUACCAAUCUUAAAGACCAUCAACGAACCCACACAGGGGAGAAGCCUUUUGAAUGCUCAGAGUGUGGAAAGAGAUUCAGUCGAAGUAGCCAUCUUCAGAACCAUCGAGUAACCCACUCAGGGGAGAAGCCCUUUGAAUGCUCAGAAUGUGGGAAGAAAUUCGGUCAGAGUGGCCAUUUUAAAGAGCAUCUACGAACCCACACAGGGGAGAAGCCUUUCGAAUGCUCACAGUGUGGGAAGAGAUUCCGUCGGAGUGAUGGUCUUCAAGAGCAUCAACGAACCCACACAGGGGAGAAGCGCUUGGGAUGCUCAGAGUGUAAGAAGAGAUUCAGUCUCAGGCAGUUUUCAGCAGCAACAACAGACUCACACAGGGAUUCUUCAGUCCCAGGGGCAGUUUUCAACAGCAUCAACAGACCCACACGGGGAGAAGUCCUUUGAAUGCUCAGUGAGUGGGAAGAGAUUCAGUCAGAGUUGCAUUCUUCAACAGCAUCCACAAACCCACAUGGGAAGAAGCCCUUUGAAGCCUUUUAAAUGCUCCUUUUGUGGGAGGACAUUCAGUCAGAGAAUCCACUUACAACAGCAUGUAAGGACCCAUACAAGGGAGAACCCCUUUGAAUGCUUGGAGUAUAGGAAGAGAUUCAGUCAGAGUGGCCAUCUUCACCAGUAUCAACAAACCCACACUGAGAACCCUUUUGACUGCAGUGGUGGCCAAACUUACCAUACUUAAUGUAAGAGCCACAUAGAAUAAAUGGCAGAUAUUUGAGAGCCUCGAGACAUGAACAAA